GUUUGGAGGUUAGCUUCGGUUGACAUUCAGUUUCAUAUCUGUCGCUAGUGCAAUAAACCGGUGAAUAUCUCUAAUUGUCCAAUGAAAACUGAUAAUUAGGGCGUAAGAUUGCUAGACAUUUGCCGACAAAUCGAAGGAUUGACGAUUGCCCCUGGGGUUGAGUGACAUAUACCGCCUGUAAACAAACCAUCAGGACCUGGUGAACGCGAGAGGAUCAUGGCCCUGCACAGUGUUCCCCCCAAACGCAAGGAAAUAUACAAAUACGAGGCUCCAUGGCCUCUCUACAGCAUGAACUGGUCGGUGAGACCUGACAAGAGAUUCAGACUCGCCCUCGGCAGCUUCGUCGAGGAGUACAAUAAUAAAGUGCAGAUCGUCUCUCUGGAUGAGGAGACAUCGGAGUUCAGCGCUAAGAGCACCUUUGAUCAUCCCUAUCCCACCACCAAAAUCAUGUGGAUUCCGGAUAGUAAAGGACUAUUUCCCGAUCUUCUCGCAACCUCUGGUGACUACCUUCGGGUUUGGCGAGCAGCAGAACCCGAGACUCGUCUCGAGUGCGUUUUAAAUAACAACAAAAAUUCAGAUUUUUGCGCACCUCUGACGUCGUUCGAUUGGAACGAAGUCGAUCCCAACUUGAUCGGGACAUCCAGCAUCGACACCACCUGUACAAUCUGGGGCCUGGAGACCGGUCAGGUGUUGGGACGUGUCAAUAUGGUGACAGGACAUGUCAAGACUCAGCUCAUUGCCCAUGACAAAGAGGUCUACGACAUUGCUUUCAGUCGAGCUGGAGGUGGACGAGACAUGUUUGCGUCAGUUGGGGCUGAUGGAUCUGUCAGGAUGUUUGAUCUACGUCAUCUUGAGCACUCGACUAUCAUUUAUGAGGAUCCUCAGCACACACCUCUGCUGAGACUCGCUUGGAAUAAACAGGAUCCUAAUUAUCUCGCUACUGUUGCCAUGGACGCCUGCGAGGUCAUUAUUCUCGAUGUCAGGGUGCCCUGCACUCCUGUCGCUAGACUGAAUAAUCAUCGAGCGAGCGUUAACGGCAUCGCCUGGGCACCGCACUCCUCCUGUCACAUCUGCACAGCUGGGGACGAUCAUCAGGCACUGAUCUGGGACAUUCAGCAGAUGCCGAGGGCCAUCGAGGAUCCAAUUCUCGCUUACACCGCUGCUGAGGGCGAAGUCAAUCAAAUUCAAUGGGGCGCCACACAACCAGACUGGAUCGCCAUUUGCUACAAUAAAGCUGCCGAAAUUCUACGGGUUUAAUCAUGAAUAUUCGUCAUCUCUGAGAUCUCGAGUGAUUCCCACCAUGAACAGUGUUGGAUCCUGUAAAAUACAAUUUUUAUCAUAAAAUAUAGACUGAUAGGUUUAUACGUGUAACGUUUAUACAAACCGUGCAGUGAUAAUGCGACAUCGGUGAGUUUUUUUUGCGGAUUUCAGUGAACCUUAUCUCUAAUUUUUUUUUUUCAAUCGUUUAUCUCAUCGAAGACUCUCCAGAAUUUUCCAUCAGAUUUUCUGGUCUAAUUGACGCGGGGGGCUGUCGAUGUGGAUCUCGUGAUUUAUUUCCAAUACCAAAACUCAUAUCUACGGUUGAUGUAAUUAAUUAUUAAUUAUAAAAAAAAUAAUCAAUUAAUUGUAUUUGAUAAUUAAUUACGUAACUACUUACGAUGCGUUAAUUGUGAGACGAAAAAUGAACGUAUUUCACAGAACUAAUGGGAACACCACUUAUUGAUGAAUGAAUUUUUGCAAUAUCAGUGAUUGAUUGAUCAGUAUAUUGAUUCAGCUGGCAGAAGAGGUGAUAUACUGAACCAAAAUUGAGUGACAGAAAACAAAUUGUAAAUAAUGUUAAUACUUUAUUCGUGUAUUUCUUUCGAUUUUAGUUUAUUGUGAGAAUUGAUAAUUAUUCCCUUUGAUAAUGGUAUGUCAGAUACCGGUGAUUUGGUUGAACACAAUGUCAGUAUUUUUUCAUUAAAUUUCAUAUGUUGAUUGAAUGUAAACGUAGAUUAAGGGUAGAUAGAAUAAUUUUUGAGACGUAACAACGCAAUAAACGAUUAUGAAGACAA